AUGGCGAGCACGCCGAGCAGUUCGCUAAAAAGACCGCACCCUGAAGACGAUGCAUCUUCUGACCAGAAGAGAGCACGUUCCAACAAUGGAUCACCGCGUCCGUCUACCCCAGGCACGCCUGGUGCGCCGCCAAAGAUGGACGUCAGUCAGAUCAUGGCCCAGGCCAGAGCAAGAGCCGAAGCGCUCAAGGCACGCAAUGCUGCCAAUGCACCACCUGCUACAACGCCAGCGGCUUCUCUGCCCACCGGAACAUCGACAUCUGAUCGCCUCGCCGCCUUGAAAGCGCGUGUUGCUGCCGCCACAAGCAGAACAUCUACACAGUCAACAACACCACUACCGAGCCAUGCGCCUCCAGCACGGGAAGACAUGCCGAGAAGUCGCGGAGGUCUCGAUAUUGGCAUGCACCCACUCCUCAGAGAUGACGCGCAACAUACCGCUGCAGCUGGUAGAGCCCAGCCAAAGUUUGCUACGACACUCGGAAAUAGGAAGGCACAGCCACAGAUUCCCAAGAAGGAGCAGCUCGACCUCACGGCGCCGUCCUUGGAAGAGCUGAAAGCGAACCCGUACUUCGACAGCAGCAUAGGGCCUGCCAAUGCCAGUCUCCGCGGCCGCAAAAGCCGCCAACUCCUCUUCAAUGAACAAGGCAAAUACAUGGCCCAAGGCGCCGCCCUCCGAAAGCAAGCUCAGCUCGAAGAGAUGAAGAAGCGCAUUGCGGAAAGCGCUCGAAAAGCCGGCAUAGACGAGGACCUCGACACCGAAAGAGCCUUCCUCGUCCCCGAGCCACCCGCAAUCGAAUGGUGGGACGAAGGCCUCGUCAACGGCGACAGCUAUGACGCCAUCUCUAACCCAGCCAACCUCAAAAUCGACACCCCCGACUCCGUAGUCACAAUCUACAUCCAAUUCCCGGUCGCCCUCGAACCACCCCAAGAAAGGAACAUGCCCGCUCCGAAACCCAUGCACCUCACGAAAACCGAAAUGGCCAAGAAACGCCGCCAGCAGCGCAAGGCCAACAUGCAAGAAGAACAAGCCAAGGUCCGCCUCGGUCUCGUACCCCCACCCCCACCAAAGGUGACACGCAACAACAUGAUGCGCGUCCUGGGCGAAGAAGCGAUCCAAGACCCCACCGCCGUCGAAGCCCGCGUCAACCGCGAAGUCGCCGCCCGGCAUCAAACCCACCUCGACGCCAACUCUGCUCGCGCUCUGUCCAAGGAAGAGCGCCACGAGAAGCUUGCCCGCCAGCAAGCUGCCGACGAGAGUCUGGGGAUUCACGUGCGUGUAUACAAGAUUGGCAGCCUCGCCAACGGCCAGCAUCGUUUCAAGAUUAGCAAGAACGCCGAGCAGGAUAAGCUUACCGGUGUAUGCAUUAUGAACCCCAAAUUCUGCUUGUUGGUGGUUGAAGGAGGUGCGCAUUCGAUCAAUCACUACGACAAGCUCAUGCAGAAUCGCAUCAAGUGGACGGAGAUCGAGGAACCGAAGGCUGUGCAGGAGGGGAAUCGUGCUGCUGCUGAGGAGCGACAGCAGGCGAAGUGGCUGGAUGCGCAUGAUGAAGAGACGGGUGAGCUGAGGGACCUAGGCGAGAAUAAGUGCGAGCUGAUCUUCAGUGGUGAAGAAAAGCAGAGGGCGUUCCGCAAGUGGCUCGGCGCGAGAGUCUGUGAGACGGACGGGCAGGCACGGGACGUUUUGGCGCGCGCGAAGAUGGAAGGGAUGUGGAGCGUAGCGAAGAGCUUCAAGCGAGAUUUCUGA